AUGCCUGCUCGCACCGCCGAUCCUCCAGACGAUGUCCCCUCUGCCCGGCCCACAGAUGGUUUGGCUCUUAAGGCCAGGCCAAUCAAGACCCCCUCAAGCCCUACCAAGAAGGACGACAGGACAAAGGCCCAAGAUGUUGCUGAAUUGAAGGACUACCAAUUGGGUGAUUGCCUUGGAAAAGGUGCAUUUGGUUCGGUCUAUCGUGCUUUGAAUUGGGGAACUGGCGAGACAGUCGCUGUCAAGCAGAUCAAGUUGGCAGAUCUUCCCAAAAGCGAAUUGAGAGUCAUCAUGCUCGAGAUCGACCUGCUGAAGAAUCUCGAUCACCCAAACAUUGUCAAGUAUAAUGGUUUUGUCAAAACUCCCGAGACUCUAAAUAUCGUCCUGGAGUACUGUGAAAAUGGCUCUCUUCAUUCCAUCUCCAAGAAUUUCGGCAGGUUUCCGGAAAAUUUGGUGGCCUUGUACAUGUCUCAAGUCCUCCAAGGACUCGUCUACCUACAUGAACAAGGUGUCAUUCAUCGGGACAUUAAAGGGGCCAAUAUUCUCACCACCAAGCAAGGUUUGGUCAAACUUGCCGAUUUCGGUGUCGCCAGCAGGACAACUGGUUUGACCGAGUCAAGCGUGGUCGGAACCCCUUAUUGGAUGGCACCUGAAGUGAUAGAGUUGACUGGAGCGACCACCGCUUCCGAUAUAUGGAGUCUAGGCUGUACUGUGAUCGAGUUACUCGAAGGGAAACCGCCAUAUCACACACUUCAGCCCAUGCCAGCCUUGUUUCGUAUUGUCAAUGACGACCACCCACCACUGCCUCAGGGUGCUUCGCCCGCCGUACUCGACUUCCUUAUGCAGUGUUUCCAGAAAGAUCGCAAUCUGCGUGUCUCUGCAAGGAAGCUUCUCAAACAUCCAUGGAUCGCCAAUGCCAGAAGAACCAUUUCUGUUGCGCCCACGAAUGCGACAGAAUACACAGAAGCCGUAAAAAGUGUUCAAGAAUGGAACGAGGCUCUAAAAGAUUCGCCCAAUGGUAACUCAAUGAGAAAGAAUUCGAGAGCCUCUACUGCCAGUCCAGUGCCCAUGGCAAAGGAAAUGCAUAAUCUCAAAUCACACACAAAGUCACCCAUUCCACUAAAUACGGAUACAACAAGAUUUCGCUCGAUUGAGGAUGACGAUAACUGGGACAAUGACUUUGCUACUGCAAUAUCCCCAAGUGCUUUGGAUCUGGCUCAUCUGAGGCCUCAAGACAACUUUGGUGGUAUGUUGUCUUCUGAAAGACUCAAGGCAUUUGCUGCUGUGGAGAGCGCAUACGGCAAAGAAAACGAUGGCCCGGAAGACAGAGACUCGACAUUGAAGGCAACUUCCACCAUUCUGUCUGAUAAUUCAAGAACAGUCCGUUUAGCUCCUGCUAAGAAGCCCGAAAAAGGCCACUCCAGGCAUAAAUCUGAAGCACCUCUCAAGUCAAAGACCAAGACAGCUCCUUCACCAGCACCACGUAAAGCAUCCCUUCCUUCAGCGCGACAAACCACGAAUUUGUCGAAAAGCAAGCCUCCCUUACCUAAGACUACGCCCGAGCCACCACCAACAAGACUUUAUCGAGAAAGCUCAAUCGAAGACUAUUCCGAUAUCGUCAAAGGUAAUGAGUUGGCCAUAGACACCAAACUGGGACUCAUGCGCUUGGACAAUGAAGGUCCCUCAAAGAUCUUGCAGUCACCCAGUGUAACUGAUCUCAUGCAAAGCAUGCGGCCACCCAAAUCGGGUGGGAGCUUGCGAAAGAAUCCGGUACCAAAAAAUAGAUUAUCAAUGCGGAGAACGCGAUCUUCAAUCGAGAUUCAAAGAUUUGCCGAGAAUGAGGAAGACGAGGAUUUCUCGGAUGUCUUUGCACAAACCGCUAAAGUGUUUGAGAAGCCUGACAGUGAAGGCAGUUCGGAAUUGAUGCUUUCGAAGAUUUCGAAUCUUUCAUGGCUUCCUGACGCCGAUGAUGAAGAUGACCCAUUCGCUCAACUCGAAGAAGGUCUGCCAGAGCUAGAUCUCGAAUCGAACAUCGCACGUGACAAGCACGCUCGUCUCAGAACAGAUGUCGAAGCGCUGGUUAGACAACUCAAAGUCCUGCAGGAUGACGAUGCUUUGCUUCAGAUCUCGGAAGACCUGAUGAAUUUUUUUGAAAUAUUCCCAGAAACGAAAAAUGUCAUCGUCAGUGCCCAUGGUGUUCUUCCUAUUCUGGAAAUUCUGGAGGAUUGCAUGAGGCUUGAUGUCGUGCUCAAUCUACUCAAAAUUGUGAAUGCCAUCAUCUUCAACGACGACGAAGUUCAGGAGAAUGUUUGCUUCGUUGGCGGGAUUCCCAAGAUUAACAAGUUCGCAUCAAAAAAAUUCCCGAGAGAAAUUCGGCUCGAAGCUGCUGCAUUCGUAAGGCAGAUGUAUCAGACGUCAACGCUGAUACUACAAAUGUUUGUUAGUGCAGGUGGACUUACAGUGUUGGUAGAUUUCUUGGAGGAUGAUUAUGAUGAUGAUCGUGAGCUGGUUCUGAUCGGAGUCAAUGGUAUUUGGAGUGUCUUCGAGUUGCAAGGCUCGACUCCGAAGAACGAUUUCUGCCGGAUUUUAUCUCGCAAUUCCGUCUUGGAACCACUGUCGCUUGUGCUGAAUCGAGUUUUGCUCGAACCUGCAGACUCUGGCGACCAAAAGGAACUCGCUGAUCUUUGCGAAGGCCGUAUCGCUAGUAUUUUCUUUGUGUUUUCACAGGCCGAAAACUAUGUCAAAGAACUCGUGGCAGAGAGGACAGUUCUCCACCGAGUUCUCAAAAAUCUUAAACGAAUGGCUCCGGCACACCAGGUGACCAUGCUGAAGUUCAUCAAGAACCUCUCAAUGCUCUCCACCACCCUUGAUGCUCUGCACAACUCCAACGCCAUCGAUGUUCUAUCCGAGCUCCUCAGCAACAAUAUGAACAAGUCACAUUUUAGGGAGAUGUCAAAUCAGAUCUUGAACACGAUCUACAAUCUUUGUCGCCUGUCUAAGCGAAGGCAGGAAGAUGCUGCUCUGGUCGGCAUCAUUCCUAUCCUCAUCAAAAUUGUGAAACAGGAGAAGACUCCGGUCAAGGAGUUUGCAUUGCCCAUUUUGUGCGAUAUGGCCCAUUCUACAAGAGCAGCAAGACGAGAAUUGUGGCAAAACAAAGGCCUAGCAUUCUACGUAUCGCUGCUCUCCGAUCCAUAUUGGCAAGUUACGGCACUUGAUGCCAUAUUCACCUGGUUACAAGAAGAAACUGCGAGGGUGGAAGAUCAUCUUCUAGAAAACCAAAACUUCACCUCGGCCAUUGUAGCUGCACUCACCAGUAGCAAAUCCACUUCGUUCGAGAAUCUGUUGGAGCCUUUGCAGAAACUACUACGGCUAUCACCACCGCUCGCAGCAUCCAUGGCCAGAAGUGGACAUCUCUUUGAGACUCUGGGUCAAAAACUGAUGCACAACAAGCCAGCCAUCCGUCUCAAUCUGCUCCGUAUCAUCGGCAGCAUUUGUGAUUCAACGGAGGAAGGGGGCUUCCUCCUGGAUCAAUACGGUCUCUAUGACGUCAUCCACGAGCUUUCCUUCUCGGACUCAGCGGUCCUUGUUCGCAGUAUGGCAGGUGAAAUCGCUCGUUCAUUCCAAGACACAGAUAAUGUGAGCAUUAAAAGCGGUCAAGGCGGAAAUACCGCCAUCAAUGGUGGGAGAAGAAAACAUCCGCAAUUCCAGCGGCGGACGAGCUCUACCACCCCUCCACAUCUCCUUGAUCGUCAAAUGAGCAUGCCCACAUCACCUCAGCUUGGCAGAUCCGAACGUGCCUCCAUAAAUAUGCACGACGCACCCAUUGCGCAAACUCCAAGAAGGCAACGCAAUGGUGUCUACGUCAAUGGAACCAAUGUCAUGCGUCCGGCAAGCCGUGAUGGGUCAGCUUAUGGGCGUGAGAGCUCGCCAGCAUUUGUGAUGCCUAGUCUUUCCCGCGCACAAACUGCUAGUGCAGUACCUGACAUGGGAGUUAACAAGAGCCGUUUGCCACGUCAGUCGACAGCCUCAGUGGUAAGCCAACAUCGUCUCUCUAGACAGAGCACUCGUGAAAGCAUGCUGGCUUCUGCACGAGGGUCGGGAUCUAGCGACAAGGAUAUAAGAUCUCAAUAUGGUGGCCAGAGCAGUGGUGGGAGUACACCUGUUUCUUUGACCCCUGUGGCUGAAGGCCGAGCACGUCGAGACGAGAGGCGUGGACAUGGCCACUCAAAUAGCAUCAGCCAAGGCCAAAGUCGUGUGGCGGUUGGUCCAGGGCGUAUGUUGAACGGAAACUCGAGUAGUGAUGGUCAGAGUCAAGGACGAGUCGAAGUGACGGUUGCAAGUUCUGCUCGGCGGACAGCAGCAAGAAAAGGUACGAACGCAGAUGACAGAUGGAACUGA